AUGGCCAUCUCAGAAAAACCUUUACAACCGCUCGAGGUUAAAUACGAGCAUGAGGAUUACGAAAAGUUGGGCAUUAUGCCCUGGUUCAACUACCUCAUAAAUCUGCCCGAGAGGCCCUUGCCGAGCAACACGGACAGGCCACAAAUCAAGACUGAGAGACUCCUCGUUCGGCCGUUCCUACCAUCCGAUGCGGAGGCGUUCCACUCGCUGCGAUCGGUCGCGGCCAUACAAACCCACUCGACGACGAGGGGUCGUACUGAUCACGACAUUCAAGAAUCGCGAGACAACAUCGAGAAGUUCCAGUCGGAAGACCAACAUCAUUGGUACUUUGGAGCCUUCCUCCAAUCGACCGGAGAACUCAUUGGCGAGGGUGGGCUACCAGACCUGGACGGUUGGCGGUCGGGAAGACCAGAAGGGGAGAUUUUGAUCAAGCCUGGAUAUCAGAGACAAGGUUAUGGCACAGAGCUGUGGAAAGCCGUCACGGAAACAUAUUGGGAAUUGCCAAGAGAGAAAAGGCGAUACCAACUCUGCCCCGCAUUCGUAUCAGCGGAAAAAGAGCCGGGUGACGAAGUGGCAGAUGCCAUCGGAUUCGUAUGGGAAGAUACCAACACCGCCGCAAGAAGAUUCUUUGGGAAGUUGCUCGGCCAAGCCAGCUUGGAGGCUGCGGGCUUUUUUGUGGACUAUGAUAGGCGCGAGGGCAGGGAAGGAAACUUGGUAAGGUGGGAAGGAACACUCGCUGGUAAUCCCCGGGGCGAAUAA